ACUAUGCAUCCAGUCAAAUCUGCCGCAGUCCGAACGCCUCGGAUGGCAUCUCCCCCCUCCAGAUCGUCCUUCGAGAGUGCUGUGGAUGAGACCGGGUCCGAACUCGCCCCUACCCCGCAAAAUCAUUCGACAGCAAAGAAGCAUGCACUAUUCCGCGACGGAUGUCGGUGUAUGCUGACCGGAAAAUAUGACGUCGACUUGAUGAAACAAUAUCCUGACAAAUUCCCGUUCGAGCUGAUCACAUCCACACGCUGUGUACAUAUCAUACCCGAACAAACACUAAUCUUGCUUGCAGAUGGAUUGGCGAAAGGCUUCUGGGCGGUCUUGGCACGCUUUGGUUAUCCUACAGCGUGGAUUGAGUUGAACGGGCGCAACUGCCACCGCUUGUGCAACCUCUUAACCCUCUCUUUAAACGCUCAUGAGGAGAUGGGCACAUUAGAUCUUUGGUUUGAGAGCACUAGCACGCUGAACACCUACGACGUGAAAACACAUCCACCACUCCUUCGAAAAGCAUAUGACUGGCCCGCUCAAGGCGGCUUGGACUUGCCUGAUCCUGACUACCUCGCGCUUCACGCGGCUUGUUGCAAAAUCGCACACAUGGCGGGUGCAGCUAAGGCUGUCAAGGACUCGAUUAUUUAUGGCCCCGAGUCGUACUGUGUGCUUGCACAGGACGGUAGUUCGGCGGAUUUACUGUUUGAUGAACUGUCCUGGCUCGUCUAUCGCGUGAAUGCACCGCCCGUCCCAAGCCAUCUACUCACCCAACAUGCUAUCUUCGGGUACCUCAUUAAACCUUCCCGACUCCCCAUUGUCGAUGAAGACGACGUUCACGUUCCGUUCAUCGUGUGGACGGCCGCCGAUAAAGCCAGCACAGUGUGCGAGCCGCUCGUGGUCUACGCCCACCGGAAUGAUCUUUGCGAGGUGAAUCGGGCUAGCGAGCACCAACAUCGUCUUCGUCCAAUGUCGGCGCAAGCUUCGCAACGGCGAGCCUCGUAUAGUUUUCGGAAAAUUCCGUCAGUUUGA